AUGACUUCCAAGCUUAGUCAUAUCGCGCUUGCGCUUUUCUUUUGUGUCCUCGUCGAAGCGAACAUUUCACAUUUCUUCGCAGACAACUAUGACUACUAUCCGCAGCAACAACCCGCCGUGCCUAGUUUAUAUCCAGUACCACCAGCGCUGCCGCCCUCACAAUUGGGCGACGCAUUUCCUACGUCCGCUCCAGCUUCACUGCCACAGUCAACACAUUCACCUGUCGCGCCAGUGCGACCGUCCUCCACUACUGAGUUAACGCUGCCCGAGAUUGUAGAGAACCGUGGCGCCAAGAGUGGUGGCAGAAUUAAUUUUAUUCCGUUGCAAAAUCAAUACUUAUCACCGGAAGAAGAUCGUCCAAACUUUGAGGCAUCGAAGCGACCGCCUAGUUUUGGCCCCGGCUACUUCUACCCACGUCCCACAUCCAUUUUCAUUCCGACCACGACUACUACAACCACCAGCACUACAACUAUGCGUCCGGACCCUAUUGUGGUGAUUGAUCCGCCUGAUAUUCUUCCCUCUGCGCAAGCACCAGCCAUUAAUGAUCCCGUUGCGCUUCAACCAGCCGUACCGGGUUAUGACUAUAAUGUGCCUGCGGGUCCGCCAUUUCAGCUACCCACACAUACGCCAGUAUCUACGCCUGCACCCGCCUACUUGCCGCCGGAUGACGGCGCGCUCAAUGCCGCUGUCACUCCCAACACUCUACGUCUGAGUGUACACGAAAUGCGUUGCAUGCAACACAAUGGCGGUUACUUUCGCGCUGUGCUCAAAGUGGAUAGUUUUAUAGGCGCAGCGCCGACAGUCGACAACGAUUCGACUGAUAAGAGUUGUGAGUUGAAAUUGUCGCGCAGUUACGUUGUGACCGACAUUGCGGCGGAGGAUUUUGAAAAGUGCGGCGUACAUGCUUGUGGCAAUGAUUUAUGUUUGCGUCUGCGCUUUCCCACCAUACGCGGUGUGCGUACAAGUGCGGAUGGCAUACUGACACUGCACUGCAAGACGCAGGAGCGUGUGGCGGUUAAGACGCAUGCGCUUAAAGUGAGCGUCUCCAAUGAGUUGCAAGCGCGUAGUCUGGGCACCUAUGCGCACGGCGGCACCCAGUUACCCUUUCGUACGCAUGUAGAACUGUUUCGACGUACCGCUAAAGGUUUCACACGCCACUUGGACACACACAGCGCUGUGCUGCUGGGUGAGGAGUUGCUGUUACGGGCGCACGUUAUUGCUGGCGAUGGUUGGAAUUACACUAAAUUAACGGAUGUGCAUGUGCAACGCAUCUCCCCAACCGGUGAGCUGCUCAACAACGUUGCUCUCGUCACAACACGAGGUUGCAUCAAUCCAUCCAUGCAAAGCGUUUGCACACAACCGCCAAGUUACGAUCCACCGCUCGGUCAUCGUUUGAAUUUCAAGGCAGUUAUGUUCCAAGGCAUGCGCAGCGGCGAUGAGCUCGUUUUAUCCAUGCGCAUUACCGGUUGUUUGGAAGAGCGUGAUUGCCAUGUGGACGCUAGCAAUUGCAGCGUCGUAACCAAUAUGUGGCGCCGUAAACGCCAUACAGUGGAAGCUGCUAAUGGCAACGAAGUAUCGGAAAUAUCUCGCAUUGCUUUUAGAGUUAUGAUGUCAAAUGACGAGGCCGAGGAGCUUAUAGAUUCACCAAACGAUGCGAGUCAAAGCUCAGACGUGAAACUAGGAAGAGAGCAUGUAUCUAGUUCUGUAAGGGAAAGUGAAAGUAAAGGUAUGCUAGUGGAGAUGAAUUCAUUGAAAAUAAUUUCUGCUGUAGGCUUCGUUUUGGCACUCACUGGACUGGGUAUUUUUGCGGCAGUGAAACUAUCAAAAUGA